AUGACUCAUCGACGAGCCGCAUUACUGCAACUUGUUAUACACCUGCCGUCAAUACCGAUGCUCUGCAACAUUGAUCCAACGCUUUACUUGAGAAUAAAACACUUACAACACUCAUUACAAAACACACUCCAAUCUACACUCACGACGCUCAUCCUCGCCGGAAAUAGGAUUGGAAGUCAAGGAGUUGAAUACAUAGCUAAUGCUCUGAUACACAACACAACACUCAUCGAACUUGAUAUUUCGAAUAAUCGCAUCUUCGCUAGUGGUGCAGAACAUCUUGCCAAUGCUCUCCGACGUAAUCAGACACUUUCUGUGCUCAAAACAAAUCAUAAUGAAAUCAACGAUAGUGACAUAGAAUACUUGGUGAAAGCUCUGAAUGAGAAUCAUUUUGUUAUCGAUAUAUUUCAUCUCAUUCGACGACAUAUCUUGACUGAUUCUUCAUUGUACAAACUGAUUACAUUUGUUCUUUCACAAAAUUCAAUUGAAGAUGAGGGAGCACAACAUUUUGCCAAUGCUCUUAAAUCUAACCAAACAUUGACAUCCCUCAGUAUAUCACGAAAUCUUGUUUCAAGUCAAGGAGCGAACUACCUGCUAGAUGUUCUAAAAGAAAAUCAAACAUUCACUUAUUUAAAUCUUACCAACAAUCACAUCGGCGAAGAAGCACUAGAAGAGUUUGAAAUCAAUGUACAAGAACGUACGACACCAAUAACAAUUAAGUUAGCGAGAAAACUAUAUCUAACUUUGGAAAUUAAACUAAAUGACCAAUGA